UCCAACCGAUUACGGGACGUCAUCGUUCCUCGUGCAUGUGCCCACACAAUCACACAACUUGUCAUUUACUCCGAUAACUCAACAGAUUUCCGAAGAUUGCCACGUAAUUCACCGACAGCAUAACAAUAUCGUUGCCUUUAAUGAAGAUCAAGCGAUAAAAAAACUGAUCAGUGCCUUGUGAGGUUAAUUACAUUUGUCUGAAACAAUGGGAUCAUCACAGAGUCUCGAGAUACCUGGUGGCGGUACGGAGGGUUACCACGUCCUCAGGGUGCAGGAGGGCUCACCUGGCCAACAAGCUGGUCUGGAGGCCUUUUUCGACUUCAUCGUGUCUAUUGGGAACACCAGAUUAGAUCAAGACAACGACACCCUCAAAGAAAUCCUGAAAACGAAUGUCGACAAGGAGCUCCUAGUGACUGUCUACAACAGUAAAACCCAGUCCAUCAGACAAACGACAAUUGUUCCAAGUAUGACGUGGGGUGGGCACGGAUUGCUAGGUGUCAGCAUAAGGUUCUGCUCCUUCGAGGGAGCUAACGAGAACGUCUGGCACGUCCUCGAGGUCCAUCCGUCGUCCCCAGCUGAGCUGGCUGGUCUGAAACCCUUCACUGAUUACAUUAUCGGAGCUGACUCUGCCCUACACGAGAGCGAGGAUCUCUUCACCUUGAUCGAGGCACACGAAUCUAGACCACUGAAACUUUAUGUUUAUAAUACAACUGAUGAUUCGUGUCGAGAGGUGACCAUCACUCCCAACACCAGGUGGGGAGGGGAGGGAAGCCUUGGCUGUGGUAUUGGGUAUGGAUAUCUGCAUAGAAUACCUGUGAGAAGUGCUCCUGAGAAUAAACCGAGUCAUAAUCAUUCAUAUAAUCAGCCGAACAUGGCGAAGAUUCCGGUCGCUGCUCAACCGCCCCCAGCGCAGUACACAGUCCCAAUUAUGCCUUCGACUCCGGCAUCACCACCGAAUCCUGUCGUGACAGCGAUACCUCCAGGAUUCACAAUUCCACCGAACUACGUCUCGUCAGGACUACCCGCUGACCCGCAAGGAUCAGGCGCAUCAAAAGUCACUAUUUCCUCGUCGUAUUCUUUGCCGCCGUCAGUACCUCCUGCCCCACCAGGAGUCGAUGUCGAUCCUAAACUUAUUGGAGCGUCGACUACUACAGUGAUGGCGUCCCCUGGGCACUACUUCGCGCAAUCCAAUAGUUCUCACCCAAGCUUUGGACAAGUGACGGCUCCCCAGGAGACUCCCUUGAUACCAGGAAUGCCACCAGUGGCUGUUGAAUCAAUGCCACCUCUGCAGCCCCUGAUGAACCCCGUACCUCCACCAAAUCCAAUAGUUCCACCCAUGUCCUCUCCUCAGGUUGUGACCACCCCCCUGAAUCUCCCUGGGAUGCCCCCCCUGACGGUGAGCGCCAGUCUACCGCAGUCACCACCGUUUCACCCCUCUCUCAUAGACCAAAAGCCCCUCACCACUAGCACUAAUGUUAAUUUAUCACCUUCAGCAUCGGUAUGAGGAGCAACUAAUUUCACUGGAGUUUAAAUUUAUUAUUUAAUCACUGUGAAAGUUUCUGACUGGAUCUUCUGAUUGAUGGUUGGGUUGUGGAGGAGUAGAAUAGAACGAAUUUUAUUUUGUUCUGAAUCGAACACUGUUGAAUGUAAAACUAUUAAUCUAAUGAGAAAUUCUGAGAGAAAAUGACGAGAGGUUUUUCUGCAGAAUUUUUUUUAUUUUAAAGAGGUGUGUUUUUUUUCUAGAGUCAGUUCCCUUCAAAAUACUUAUCCAAUUAAAAAGGGAAAUUUUCCUCAUGUUUGAGCAUUUCUAGAUCAGGGGAGGGUGGGGCAGAAUGGACGCUUGAGUUUUUUUCAUGUUCAUGACUCAGAGACGAAUUUGUCAAUUGAGCUCAGUGUAGACUCAUUACAAAGAGGAAGAAUUGUUUUUUGCGUAAAGAAAUAUUAUUGGAAAAAUGAAUGAGUAAUGAACAUUUCAAAAAGAAGUCAAAUGUCUCCGUUUUGCGCCAUUUUCCACCACUGAAUUAUUCUGAUGAGGGAUUUCGGGGCAAAAUGUGAAGGAGAAUUUUGUGCAACUGAUGAAAUUUGAAUUAGGAAAGAUUUCUCGAAGUGAAUUCCAAAAAUUUCAAAUUGGGAACUCCAGUCAGAAACUUUCAACAGUGAAUAUGAAGAAAAUGCUAUGUAUUUUAUAUGCAAGGGUGUAUGUAUACCAUGAGAGGGCCAGUUUUCAACAGAAUAAUAAAGAAUAGUCGAGGUAUUCAGUAUUUCCUAACAUGUAACGAUGGAAUUCUCUAGGAAAUUUUCCACUUUUAUUGAAUAUUCGUUAAUUUUUUAUCAAGUGCUUUCCGAAGAGCUUGUCUACAGACCUUUAGUUUGGGUGAAAGAACAUUAAACAAAAUAUCUUUUGUUCAAUUUUGUUUUUGUAUUUUACAUUCUUAUAUUUAACAGAAUAUUAAAAAAAUAGACUCAUUCUAUUCUGUUGUGUUGUUUCAUCUGCCCUCUUUUGACUAGUGAAUUGUAUGAUUGAAUGACAUCACAAAUUCCGAAAAUCCUCAUUUCGAUGGAAAAUUGAGCCCUUCUGGUACAUGUACACUCCUGCAUACCCCAUUCUCCUGUCUAUUUCAAUAAUUUGUCAGUGCAUCUUUUCCACUAGCAAUAAUCAGUAUGUAAAUAUAAACAACCGUGUUUGCGCCUGAGAUACCUAUCCUGUGGGAGUUUGUAAACAAAAAAAAUGAAAUAUACGCGGCAGAAAGAAUUUAUAACAUGAUCAUUGUCUCCAAUAAACAAUGAUAUUAUUCAUAAAA